AUGACGUGCACACUUACGGUGAAAAUUACAAAGUUUCAAUGUUUUGAAUUUGACAAACCAUUUGCUGAUAUACCAAAAUGCUACUUAAAGGUAGUAGCACGCGAUAAAGUUGCUCUUAAUAUCCACGUUAGAUUGCAUCAGGUGCCAGUGCCUAAUGUUUCCAUUAAUGCUGCAGUUUUUAUUAAAGGUUCCACACAAAACUAUCGUCCAUUUCUCUACAAUAAAUUUUUAAAAAAUCCCAAUCGUCAUCCUUUCUGGAAAAUAGUGUAUUUUAUUAUAAAACCAGCUUCGAAUAUUAAUCACAUCGCCCCUUUAAAGCACGAUAUUAUUGUACAACAUCUUAUUUUGGACAGCAGCAUGUUUAAAAUUAUUCCUUUUCCAUCGGGCGAUUAUUUGGUGAUUAUAAAAGUGGCAGCCUACAAUGAUUAUAAAGCCGAAGUUCGAGCGUAUUUAAGUUUAAGGGAAUAA